AUGAACGACUCUGCUGGCCUCAAGCUCUCCCCCGAGGGCAUUGCCGCUGCAACCCCGUCUAGCUCCACCGGGACGCCCGGUAGCAGGGCCAACAAGCGCAAAGACUCCGAGUCCGAACACCUCUUCAAGCAAGAACACUCUUCUUCACACGCUAGCCCUUCCACCAACGACACCAGCGCUGAUGCUCUCAACGGUCAAGCCCCGAAAGACGAUCUCCGCUCCACCCCGGGCUCCGCCGAAAAGUCUUCCAAGCGCAUCAAGACCGCGCGCGCAUGCGACUCGUGCCGACGCAAAAAGAUCCGCUGCGACGUAAUCGACGACGGCGGUCCGCCCGUCGGUUCGGUCAACAAUGGAAACGGCGGCCUCGUCUGCGCACACUGCCGCCAGUACGGCUUCGAAUGCACCUUCUUCCUCCCCAUCACAGAGACUCGCUUCAAGAAGAAAUACCAGCGCGAGGCCGAGGAGGCUGCAGCCGCAGCAGCCGCCGUCGCAGCCGCUUCCGGCACCAACGGCGCCCUCUCCGGUCAACUGCCCAUGCACGUGCCCGUCGGACACCCUGCCUAUGCCGCCAUGAUGAGUGCGCAGCCCUUCAUGGGCGCCCUCCACAAUCCCACUGGCUUCGCCGGCGCCUCGCAGCAGUUCUGGGCCGGCCACUCGCAGCCUUCCUUCUCCAGCGCCGGCCCACAGCACUCGUUCGGCGCCAACCAGCAGACGCCAGCCCACCUGCAUCCAUCCAGCUCGUCUUCCAGCCUCACCACCCCCGCUCCACAGCGCAGGAGCCCAUCGCGCACGCCGCCUCCCGAUACCCGCGUGCUCGGGCCCACCUCGAUCGCCUACAUCGUCCACUCCACCGCCUUCAUCCCCGGCGCUGCCAUCGAGGCGCACGACAUCAAGCACAAUCAGACCUUCGAGGUGGGCGCCAGCGGCGAUGGCAUCAUCCGCUUCCACCGCGCGCGCAAGGGCACUAUGGCAGGCGCCGAUGCCGCCAAGGAUGCCAACGUCGCCGUCGAGCUCGACGAGGACGACGUCGUACGCAUCCCCGAGUCCAUCAAAGGCCGCCUCGCAGGCGAUGUGGCCGAAAAGCUCGUCAACACCUACUUUGAGAAGGUCGCUACGCUCUUCCCCGUCGUCACCAAGUCCGAGUUCCUGCAUCUCUCGCCCACGCCGCCGCUGCUGCUGUACGCCAUUUGCGGCGUCGCCGCGCUGAGCCGAGGCGUGCCCAAGGAGGUGCUUGGCGCCGUCAAGAUGACGAUCAACGCGCUCUUUCGUGAAAACGACUUUCUGUCCUCCUCCAACUCGGUCACCGUGAGGGCGCUGCUCGUCAUGUCUCUCCAUGCCGAUCUGCACGGGCCAGCGGCUCUCCAGAGUGGCACGCGCUGCUGGAACCGCACGGGGGCUGCCAUCCGCAUGGCGCAGGAUCUGGGUCUACAUCGCGACGCCAGUGGCAAGGACGAUCUCUCGCGCGACGCCUUCUUCCUCGAGCAAAAGAGGCGCAUCUGGGGCUGCUGCGUCACCGCCGAUCGCAUGCAGAGCAUCGCGCUCGGCCAUCCCAUGAUGAUCGAUCUCACCGACUGCGAUGUUCGUCUGCCAUCGCCGUUCGAGAUCCUGCGCUCCCCGAACGAUUUGCCCUCGGAUCCGUCGACGGACCGCCCCUUUGCCUACAACACCGAGAUGCUCAAGCUCACCAUCCUCUUCGGCCGCGUCAUGAAGACCAUCUACAGCCCGACAGGUCUCAUGAAUGCUACGGACGAGGAGAUCCUCAGCCUGCUGCGCGACAUCGAUACGUGGAAGGCGGCACUGCCCCCCGAGCUCGUCUUCAAGGGCGCCGACUCAAGCGCUCCAGCAGGCAUCCUGCACGUCGGCUUUGCCUGCCUGAUGAUGCUGUUCUUCCGUGUGUUCAUGCGCAUCUCGUAUAUCUGCCCCACGCACCUCAAGUUCAGCCUCACCAUCGACCGCAUGAGCGCCCUCAUCCAGUACUCCACCGAGGCCAUUGCAUGGGUGGACAAGAACGACUUUUACCUCGACACCAUGCAGAUCGUCUCGUACUGCCUCGUCUCGUGCGCCACGGUGCAGUACCACGCCUUUGUGCGUCGAGGCGAUACUAAUGCCCAGAUGCAGCUCAAGAAGCUCAACGACAUCAUGGGCCGCUACCGGCGCGAGAACCACGAGCCCGACGACGUCAGCAUGCGCGGCAAGGCUGCUAGCGUCAUCUCGCUCCUAUGCGACAGCUGCGCCGGCGUCUACGCCAACACGCGCUCCAACGGCACGCUCAACCCGACCGCAGGCGUCACCAACCGCAAGUCGCGUGAAAACGUGCGCGGCAUCGUGUUCAAGCCGGAUGCAUCGAGGCCUGGGGGCGGCGUGUACAUUGCUGCCGACCAGAGGCUGUUGUUGCGUGACCUGCCCAAGGGCACGAUCAUCAUGCAGGAGAACCAGGACGGCAGCCGAAUCCCGGCGCUCGUACGCACGGGCAACGAUCAGAACGGCGGAUGGCAGACGUACGAGCAGUACCGCGCGGCGCUUGGCCUUUCGACGGGCACCGGGGCGCAGGACAGCUUUGCAGCUGCGCUUGCCAAUGGCGGCUUUGCCAUGCUCAACAGCGUCAGCACCUCCACUCUCCCCGCCUCGGCCGGCUUCGGCCUGGCCGGCUCCACGUCUGCGACGGCGGCAGGCGCUUCGCAGCAGCCGACGGGUUCGGGUGCACUCACCAACAGCGUCCCCGCGGUGAGCUCGGCCGUGCCGACGUCAACGGCCGGCGCAGCUCUGAGCGAAACGCCGGCACCGAGCGACGAAUCCGUGCUCAACUUUACCCAUCUUGGCGGCGAUGUGUGGCAAGACGCCGACGGACGGCCUGUGACGCGUUCGGGCACGCGGCUGCUCACCAUGGUUCCCAUCGCACCGGAUGCGAUGGGAGCGAGCAACGCAUUCCUCGACUCGAACCUCGCUGCUUUCGCCAACAUGUCCAAGGCGAGCAGUGGCGAUGGUACUGGCGCCUCGGGCUCGAGUGGCAGUGGCAGCGGCUACUUUGGCAACCUGGCGCAGCUGGGUGUAGGCAGUGCGGGCACCCAACUGUCCGUGGCCAAGAACGCCAUCACACCCACGAGCCCUAGCUUCAACUUUAACCCGCACCUCAACAAUGCCUACUGGGCGCCGGCCGAGUUUGUACUCAACCAGAACGGCAGCAACGCGGGCACGGCACAGACGGGGGCGGGAGAGGCUUCGGAGGCCAACUCGGCUGCAGGCAUGUUUGCGUCGCGCGUGGAUCCGACCAUGCUCGAUGGCAUCCCCGGCGCACCGCUCGAUUUCGCCAACUGGGACGCGUACUUUAGCCGCAUGGGUCAAAUUUCUGAGGGCGGUGCGGGAGAUGCACAGACACAAAGUCAUCAGCAGACCGCAGGGGCAGGUGAUGGUGGCGGAUUUGCUAAUACGGCAUUUGGGAUCGAGGCGCAGAUGAUGGAUGCUGGUCGCUUCUGA